AUGCUGGGUUUUAAAGACCGUAAAAGGAAGGUAUACUCUUUCUUUGUUGAGCUUAAACGUCCGAACAAGUUGAGCAAGUAUCAAACAGAAGACAACUUUUGCAAGAUUCUGAAACAUCUCAAGCAUUCGGUUGGUCAUCAAGCAAGACUUGGGAUUGAAAAUCCAGUGUCAUUAGGCUUACACUAUGAAAGAUUUCUUUGCACUUUGGUGAGAAUGACGCUUGUAGAAGAAGGCGUCUACCUGCCUGUAACUAUUAGCAAGUUUAGACUACCAGAGUCUAAUGUUGACAUGAUGAAUUUGCCAAGAGCUGUGGAGUGUUUGUCCUUUGUCUUGGAGGAGGCAAAGAGCCUCAAAAAGAAAUACAAAGUUAGAACUGCAGUCAAGAAGUUCACCAAGCCCUCGUUCAUCACCAAAUUAGUUAAAAUAAAAAUCAAUUGA